AUGGCUACCGAAACGCAUUUUUCUUUGUGUCCCACGUGUAAAACAUUAAAUAAGAAAACUUUUGGCAUCAUUCAAUGUAACGAUUGUAAGAAAAAGUUUUGUUCGCAUCACAUUAUCGCUCAUGAAGAUGAAAUUCAGCGACAUCUCGCUCGCGUUUUCACUGAUUUCACCUAUACAAAACACGAUACCGCACAGAUAGAUGACGAUAUUUUACUUGAAAUUGAUCAAUGGGAAAAGCGAAACAUUGAACGAAUACGACAGACGGCCGAAAAAGCACGCGAACGUAUCGAAGAACUGAGGAAGGAAGCGAGAAAAGAAACUACACACAAGUUAAUUUAUGGAAUGGAUGUUAAAGCAGCUGAUUCCGAAUGUUUGGUAAACAGAAUUGAAAAAAUAAAAUUACCACUUCAAAUUCGUCUGGAUUCAGCACAGAGUGAUCAUAUAGACUGGUCGACAAUGAUCACCAUUCAUAAAAACACCCCACUUAACUUCGAUCAAUUAAAGUUGCGGCAGAUAAACUCGUUUUCAUCAAGAAAAAAAAUAUUCGCCAUGGCAUGCACAGAUAACCUUCUUCUAUACAGUGACGGAGAUGAGAAACUGCGUCUGGUCGAUCGAACAGGAACACGAAAAAUGAUCGUUGAAUGGCACAAUGGUGAAACAAAGGAUAUGUGCUGGGUGUCACAUCUCAAUCAAUUUAUCGUGAUAACGACAAAACAGGUGUUUAUUGUUGAGGUGGAGAGUCUCAUGAUAAAUUGUCUAGUACAUGUAAAACGUGCUGAUAGAAGAGAAUUUGGAACAUGUGAUUGUGACGAUCAAACACUGCUUCUAGGAUAUCGUGAGGUUCAAAGUCCACUUGAUGAAUAUCGAACGUCAGACUGGAAGUUUGUUAAACGAUGGCAACUCUUCUCAACAAGUGAAUAUGUAAAAUGUAUUCGAUUUAUGAAUCAAUACCAACUAGCAGUGAUGGUGACUCAGUAUGCUCAAUCAUCGGAUGGAUACACACUACUUGUACAAAAUACAUUUCAAAUACGAAACAGAUCGACAAUGAAACUUUUGAAAAAGAUCGAAAAUUUUAAGUUUACGAAUUUUAUUUAUCUAUCGAUUAAUCGAUAUUUGGUCGUGAAACGGGAUGCGCUGGUGACGUUGGAUGAAAAUGGAAACAUUAGAAAGAACUUGUCAUAUGGAAAACAGUAUCGAUACGCUGUGCUUUUAGGAGAAGAUUGUUUGAUAAUCAAAACGGAAAACGAUCGAACUCUAGAAUUUUACGAGAUGUAUUCUUAA